AUGUGUAUAAAGAACCUGCAGCGGGAACUGGUGGUCCACAAGAUGUCCGUGAAGAGACAGAAGGUAGGGAAACUUCCUCCUCGGGAGGACCUGAAAGCAUGCCUCACACGGGGAAGGCAGAGGAUCCCAGAGCUGCUGGACGAUCUGGAGGAGGAGUAUUCAACCAGAGAUCGCUUCCUCCUUUACGGCUUCCUGACAGCCUAUUGGAGCUGCCUCUACGGCCACCGGCCAGGGGUUUAUGCUAACCUCACCGACGCCGAGGUCGUGGAGGCAGAAAACACGGGCGGGGAAGAUGGCUACCUCCUUUAUGUCAAAGAGCACAAAACAGCAAGGGCCUUUGGUGAGGCCCAGAUGUUUUUGACGGCUGAGGAGUUUGGGUGGCUUCAAAGGUGGAUGGCCAUAAAAGCCACCACAAAAGAGGACAAGAACUCCUUUCUGCUGUACACGAAGGGCAGGGGGCCGUCCAAAAAUCUGAAUGUGUACCUGCGGAUGGCCUGGCGGGAGAUGGGUCUCAGCGGGGAAAUAAAUUUCACUCUGAUUCGUACAGCUAUCGCCACAUAUGCAAAGCAGUCCAGCAACCCGGCGGACCGGAAAAAAGUGGCUGAAUACAUGUGCCACGAUGUGAGAACGGCAGAUAAGUAUUACGCCAGAAACCCGGACGUCACUGAGGCUGCUGCUUUCCGGGGCAUCUUCGCCAGCAGCCUGGAGGAGAUGCCCAGCACUUCGGGUGGAGCUGUGCCGUUGAAAAAGAGAAAGAGGCAGGCAGAGGAGAACUUUAACAUUGGAGGUCAGCUGCGGUACGUGGACAGAGGCUAUAAAGUGGUCAUCUAUGAAGACAUCGGGCUGAAAAUGAUAUCACACACUCAGUGGACUCCCCUGAGUCCACCUUGCGGGUUUCAGCCCACUAGGACCACGUUUGACCCCGUUUUGGCCUCUGUCCUCGACCUGGAACUGGACCUCAAUGUUAAGGUAUUGGCCGAGUACGCUUUCCUUCAAAACAGUCUGGCUCGCUUUAAGUUUGUCCAAUCGUCACCAUCUUCUCACCAGACCUUCGUGACCUCUCUGGAUAUCGGGCUGAAACUCAUACCACACACUCAGUGGGCUCCCCCGAGUCCACCUAGCGAGUUUCAGCCCACCAGGACCACGUUGGACCCAGUUCUGGCCUCUGUCCUCGACCUGGAACUGGACCUCAAUGUGAGGCGGUAA